UUCGGGUAAAUUUCGUGGUUCUUCGUUCUUGUUUUCAAAAUGGCUGGCGAAAAAGUGAUGAAAAAUAUAACUGGGGUAUAUGGAAGACUUUUUGAUCACAGAUCAGUGAUUGGAGGGGAAUGUAAAUACUUCCUUAGAGAAUUUGAAGGCAAGAGGAAAGAUCGUGAAGUAGAGAGGUUAACAGAAACUCAGCAAAAACUGCAUCAGAUUGAAGAUGUGAUACCAAAGUCUAUAGACCAAGCAGUUUUGCUUGAAGACUUGAAAGAAAAGUUGAAAACUGCAAGACAAAGCUGUCAUAAUAUUCUUGUUAAAGAAGAGGAAGACACACACCAAAAACGGAGAGAGAAGAUCAAAGAAGAAGCGAGGAAAGAUUGGGAAAAUUUUCAACAAGAAAUGAUUGAGGAGGAGGAGAAAAUCAAAAAAGAGUUUGAAACAGAAGCUCAAAAACUUAGAGAAAAAUAUGGAAUAACAGAAACCAAAAAAGAACAUUGAAAAAAUAUUCCAAAGUACUAAAGUAAAGGAAGAAGGCAAAGAUUACGAUGAGUUUAAGAAAAAGACUUCUUUUGGUUGGCUGAUGCAAAGUAUUUUGUAAAACAAAUUUCGCCAAUCAUAGGCAAGCAUUUUCACAAAUAAUAAUUAUCAUUAUCAUUUAAUUCAUCAAAGAACGUGCGUGAUAUGAAAAAAGACCAUGCCUGAUAUGAGACCGUAUCAGCACUUCUCAUCUGCUCGCGCUGGGUACGAUAGGGUUUAGAGAGAGUCUGAGCAUUUCUUUGCAGAAGUAAAUGAUAAACAAUUUAUCAGUAGACUAACCAUCUGAUACGGCUGUGCAUUUUUACUCAUUACAUGUAUUUUGACUCACUCAAAUACUGGACUGCUUAGCCGACUGAUAACCUCUAYGUAUUUUUACACAAGUGAAUACAAUUAUUUCAAUAAAGUUAGUCAUCAAAAA